GAGCUUGAACCUCAAACAAUGUCAGCCCGUCAAAAACCUCAACCAUUUUACUCAAUUGGCCCUAAUUUUCCAAAUGAGUUCACCAUAGUAGCCCACUAUGGUCCGAGUCUGACUGCACCCAUUAGCUAGAACUGUGCACUCUACCUGUUCGAUCAAAGUUCUGAAAGAACCAGUAAAGGCAGACACACCCAAUUUUCCUCAGUUUUUGCUACAUUUUACCUGCAUCAGCUUUUGUAGAAUUAACGUGACACCAUGCAGCGCAUUUCAUCAAGAUUCUCAAGAACCUUAACAAUCUCAAUUUUCUCGUCUAACACAUUAAACCAGCGUGCUUUCACCACCCACUCUAUAAAAUCACAUCUCCUUAAACAACAAUCCAACAACAUUCCAACUCAUUUUGGCAAGUGGGGUUCUCUUGGUUUUGUUAGAACCUCAAAGUUUGCAAGUGGGUUCGCUCCUUUGCAGCAAAAGCCGCUUGAUUCUAUCAUGGAUAUCGAACGGGCCAAAACCAAGUCACCCGAGGAUCUAGCUUCAAUUUGGGACGAUUAUCACUUGGGAAGAGGUCAUAUUGGUGCAUCUAUGAAAGCCAAACUUUAUCAUUUGCUAGUGCAAAGAGCAACAGGCUGCCGGUACUUUGUUAUUCCUAUGUGGAGAGGAAAUGGUUAUACAACAAUGUUUGCUCAAGUAAACAUGCCACACAUGAUUUUCACUGGUCUAGAAGAUUACAAAGCAAAAGGAACUCAGGCAUCGCCCUACUUUACUGUGAGCUUCUACACCGAAUUUGCAGAAAGCAAGGACUUGGUACUUAUCAGAGGAGAUAUAGUUUUUGCCAGCAAGCUUUCUGAUGAAGAGGCAAAGUGGCUUUUAGAGGCUGCUCAGUCUUUCUAUUUAAAUGAUGCAAGAUUCAAGUUGGUUGAGCGAUUCAACAAAGAGACGCAUGAUUUUGAGUUCAAGGAUGUGCUUAGAGCUCUGGAUAUGCCUAUUCUGUAAUCUGAUGAAUCUCUGUCAAAAUUUUGAAUUAUAUGUUAAGUUUCAAUUUAAGUAGUGUCAAGUUAUCAACUCUUCUGAUUUAA